CCAUCGUAUCCAUGGUUUCGCCGCCAUAACACCAUAUUACACAACCGGUCAUAUAAAUAUUGUCGCAUUCAUUGUUGAUCUACUGGACGUUCAGGGUCUCAAUUAGGUGAACUAGGUGUUUAUCAUCCGCUUUUGUAAAUCAUUUGUAAAUAGCUACCAUCCAAACUGGGCCAAUGUAUGGACAAAGAGGUGGCCGAAAAGAUACAGGCGCACGCGUCCAAAUGGUUUUAAAUAUGAAGUCUCUGUUCUUGUAUUCAGUUGCUAUUUUGUUGUUAAUGGUACCGCGCUCACGAAGCGGUUUUGUCAACGCCGUCGCGAGGUCCAAGAGCGGCAGGAUGCCAAAUGAACCGAUAAAGCUAUACUAUGUUCCACCAUCACCACCAUGUCGCGCUGUGAUGAUGACAGCGAAGGCGGUGGGGGUGGAGUUGGAGCUGAACUUCACCAACAUCAUGGAGGGGGAGCAUAAGACGCCGGAAUUCCUGAAGAUAAACCCGCAGCAUACAGUACCCACGAUUGACGAUGGAGGUUUUAUACUUUGGGAAAGUCGAGCCAUUCAAGCAUAUCUAGUGAAUGCCUACGGUCGAGACGAUUCCCUGUAUCCCAAGAAUCCACGAGCAAGAGCACUCGUCGAUCAGAGACUUAAUUUCGAUCUUGGCACACUCUUCAGAAGAUAUUUGGAUCUAUACGGACCUAUGAUAUUUGCCGGUCAACCAUUCAACGAUGAAGCUGCAGAGAAACUGAACGAAGCUCUUGGUUGGCUCAACUCAAUGCUGGACGGUCGGGCUUUCGUCGCUGGAGAUAAUCUGACUAUUGCGGAUAUCACUAUUAUUGUGACUAUUACUAAUUUGGAGGCUUUCGAGUAUGAUUUGAGCGCCUACGAAAAUGUUACCAAGUGGUAUGAAAGAACGAAGAAAGUGCUGGAACCGUAUGGAUACAGUGAUAUAGAUAAAGCCGGUGCGGAGAUGCUGGCUUCGUUCUUGCCCAAAUAAAUAUUAUGUUGCACGAAUAAACUGUUCUAUAGAUUUCAAAUUA